AUGAAUGGAGGAGGGAACGUACAAAUUCGGCCAUCGAAGAUAUACAAACUGUACACGGCAUUAUGGUGCGAAGCGUGUUACAAAGAACUGAAGGAAUUAUUAGAUAAAAACGCAGGUCCUAACGGAAUAAUUGACUACAACAUUGAUUUCAUCAAUAAGCGCCUUUCCGUGAGUACACCGCUUACACUGGAGGAAGUGAAGCUGAUGCUGCAGAAGAUUGGAAGGGACUUCUCAACCGAGGAUACAUCUUAG